GCCUCUUCCCUCCUCCUCCCUUCUCGCACCCACCUCUCAUGGUCCUCAUGGCCGCCGCCGCAGCAGCCGCCGCCGACGAGCAACACAACCCCGCGGCAAAAUCCUCGGUCCCGUCGUCCCCCCCGGCCCCGGCUGGCUCCACCCGCACUCGCCUCCACGGCUUCUCCUUCCCGACGACGUUCAGCUGGGGCGCCCACCGCCUCCUCCGCUGCUCCAAGAACGGGGGCGAAGCGUCCGCGACCGCGCCCGCGCCCGCGUUGCCGACGGAGCAGAAGCAGCUGCAGCAGCAGCAGCAGAAGAAGAACCCAUCGCUGGGGAAGGAGAAGGGCCAGGAGGCCGCGGGCGUCGGCGCGUCUCAGCCGUCGCGGCCCUGGAACCUCCGCUCCCGCCGCUCGGGCACCGCGGCGCCCGGCGCGUCGAGAUCGGAGGCCGCCGCCGGGAAGGCGGCGGCGGCGGCGGGGCAGGGGACGCACCCGCCUGCGCCGACCCCGGUGGUGGCGAAGAAGAGGGGCUUCUCCAUUGCGCUCACCAGGGAGGAGAUCGUCGCCGACUUCAUCGCCAUCCGCGGCACGCCGCCGCCGCGCCGGCCCAAGAAGCGCCCGCGCGCCGUUCAGAACGAGAUUGAUUCGUUCUUCCCAGGAUUAUCGCUGGCAGACGUGAAAUUGGACUCGUACAAGAUCGUCGAGGAGAAGUGAUUGGCGCCACCGUGAUGAAGUCUGCAAAUGAGAGAUCAACUUUCGAGAUGUUACCGUCUUUUGCUUUUUUCAUUAACUUUUGACGGCUAACAUGUCCAUACAAUAAUCAUGUUGGUUCUUCUAGAUCAGAGGAUGGAUAAUAGAUUCGCUGUUGUUCAUGAAUAGGUUUUCUAAUUAGAAGAAGUUGGAAUGAUAUGCAAAUACAAUGUUUGUACCCCGUGGCAUGUGUUGUGAUAGUUUGGUUCGGAGUAUGGUCCUUUGAUGAUCCAAAGUUGUCAUGCUAUGUACAUGGUUUCAACUAGUGAAAUAUUUGUUUCGCUGCAAAUUGCUUCAACUCUGUGAGUUGUUGGCUAUGAUAUCACAUUGUAGUUUGUAGUGUUAGCGAUGAUGCUAUAUUGCUAUUCCUUGUUAGUGAUUUGUUUUCUGCAUUGUACAGAUAGAGGAAACACACCAGUUUGUUCCUGCAGUGCAGGACAUAUAUCAUGUCCAGAGUUGGAUAUCUGUAUCGAAGAAAAUGAAAGUGCUUGUGGUGGAAGAAAGUGAUUUAGAAACAGAAAAAUAAAUCUGAGCCAGUGAAUGUCAGGUAGGAAAUCAAGCUAGUUUUCAAGGGUGUGCACUUUGUUAUAAUCUCGUGCUUGUAUGUAUAGUUUGCAC